UUCUCAGUGUUUUCACUGUGUUCUAAUCGAAGCUCUGUUCUCUAUAUAUGUGAUUUUCCACUCUUUGAAGUUUCAGUUUCAGUCAUAUUCAACUUCUUCACACUGAUUUUUUUUUUCUCUGGUGUUGUUCUGUGCAUAAUUAUAAACUAUUCUCUCUCUCUCUCUCUGGUAACUCCGCUUUAUCUUUUGAUUCCUCGAUUUCACCGCAAAAAAACAAACAAACAAUGUUUUUGGUUGUUUGUGUGCUUACAAUCAAUUCCAGUUCAAGUUCUUCCAAUUGAAUUAUUAUAUACGCAUAAUACAUUGAUUGAUACACGAGUUGGGUUUUAUUUUCUUUCCUUUGUUAUGGCUUCAAUCGCUAGUUCAACUCAGCUUUUACUCAACCGAUCGCCAUUUUCGCCUCUACACUCUUCUCCAAGUAAGGUUUUGCCUAAUUUGGUUCUACUCAAGAGUCGAUCAGUUGUUUUCAGAGCCUCACGCCUCGAAUUUUCGCCUCUGCCGGAGAAUCGGUUCUCUCCGGUUGAAUUUUCCGGGAAGACUUUAAGGUUGCCCGGUUGGAGCCAAUUGUUGAGGCGGCACCAUUCAGUUGAAUUUCCGGUUGCAAAAGCUGCGGCUGCCGAUGCAGAUGGUGGUGAAAUUGAAAUUUCAGAUGGGUUAUCUAAGCCUUCAAAGAGCUUUGCCGAGAAAUUUCCAGCUCUGAUUACGGGGUUCUUUUUCUUUAUGUGGUACUUCCUAAAUGUCAUUUUCAAUAUUCUGAACAAGAAGGUUUAUAAUUAUUUUCCAUAUCCAUACUUUGUCUCAGUUAUACAUCUCCUAGUUGGUGUGGUCUAUUGUCUUGUCAGUUGGGCUGUUGGUCUGCCAAAACGAGCACCAAUCGACAAAGAACUCUUGACAGUCCUCACUCCAGUAGCAUUCUGUCACGCCCUUGGACAUGUCAUGUCCAAUGUAUCAUUUGCAGCCGUAGCUGUGUCUUUUACACAUACCAUUAAAGCACUCGAGCCAUUCUUCAAUGCUGCUGCUUCUCAAUUUAUUUUGGGCCACCAGAUUCCCUUGCCCUUAUGGCUGUCAUUAGCCCCUGUUGUUUUUGGUGUAUCAAUGGCAUCACUGACGGAACUUUCUUUCAACUGGACUGGUUUCAUUAGUGCGAUGAUUUCAAAUAUUGCAUUCACUUACAGGAGUAUCUAUUCAAAGAAAGCAAUGACAGGAAUGGACAGUACGAAUGUGUAUGCUUAUAUCUCAAUAAUAGCUCUCCUGGUUUGCAUCCCACCAGCACUAAUUAUUGAGGGGCCCCAGCUGAUGCAACAUGGAUUUGCGGAUGCAAUUGCGAAAGUGGGUCUUCCAAAAUUCUUGUCAGAUCUGUUUUGGAUAGGAAUGUUUUAUCAUCUUUACAACCAGGUUGCUACUAACACACUGGAACGAGUUGCACCGCUUACACAUGCAGUCGGGAAUGUGUUGAAGCGAGUGUUUGUGAUUGGGUUCUCUAUCGUGGUAUUCGGUAAUAGGAUCUCCACACAGACUGGGAUCGGUACUGUAAUCGCUAUUGUAGGCGUUGCCAUCUACUCCCUAAUUAAGGCAAACAUGGAAGAGAAGAAACGGAAGGCUGCUGCUCAAUCUCCUCCUGCAUGAUAGAGGUCUACCGUUGAAAAUCAACUGACAAUGCAGAACCCCUGCAUUUAUUGAUGGGGAUAAUAAAUAUUUUUGAAAAAUGUUGAAUACAGAUCCGAGGAUUGGAUUUCUUCAGAGUUAGUGCCUCCUUCGAAGUACAUGGUCUAACUUCAUCAAGUUCAGAGAAUGUUUCAGUACUAAAAAGAUUGCCUGAUCAAGUUUAUGAAAGUUAUUCCAAAUUUUGGGAAAAAAAAAUUUGGGAGUCUUGUACUAGUGGAAACUGUAUAAAAUCCCACAGUUGCCUAAUGAGUUUGCACCAUUGAACAACCAAAAUUAUUAACACAAUGCAUUAGACAUAUUAUGUUUGCCAACAUUUUGGAGAAAGGGUAUUUUGGCAA